AAGCGUAUUGUAUUAUCGUAAUGUGAUAUUUUCAUAAGAUUAUUCGUAUAUACAGGAAAAUUAUACAUUUCAUUAUUCCUAUUUUCUUAACAGCUGAUUUACCAGUAACGUAGGUAUAGCGUUGAAUUUGACAUUUACUCAUCUCUCAAUACAAUACAAAAGUAACGGCCGCAAUUUCUUCAAGCUCAAUCAUGAAUUAAUUAUUUUAUUUUAGUAUUUUUCUACUUUCCACGCACUCUUUUGUAACCGCAAAAUGGAAACUAAGAAAACACAAGUCAGAAGCCGCUUCAAUAAACUGUCUUUAAAGAAAAACAAGACGAAGCUUGAAGAAAUUAAAACCAAUCGAAGUCCUGAUGUGUUAAUUCUAGACGACUCGUUUGAUAGGUUAAAGCUGGACUUCCCUCGUAUACAAUCUACACCUAAACUGGGAUCUCCUAUAAUUAUAAAUGACUCGGAUGAAUUUGAAAAUGUCUUACCAAAAGCGGUGAAACAACCCAGCAAAGCUGGUAAUGUUUCCUUUAACCGCUCCAACGAAUCUCCUCUUCGAGAGAAUUUAAAAUCCAGACCCAGUAUAGGAGGGUGGUCACCGGCCCAACAAAUACUAUGUGCCACACCGAGAACUGAACCUGUACCCUCAACGCCCAAAGACAAAGCCAACGAGUCGCUAGAAAAGUGCUCGAUAAAGAAAAUACAUCACUCCCAAAAGAAAUUACUUGACGAUAUUUACGGAGAGGUAUGGAAGUCCAUACCGAGUUUGUUCAAAACUGUGUCACAUAAAAAUGACAUCGAUGGAAUCCCAAAGAAACUAAACUUUAAUGAUGAUGAUGAUGACAGUGAUAAGGAAAAUAUUCAUGUAAGAAUAAAAAAGACCAAAGAACUAUAUUUGACAGAUUCCGACAGAAAACACUUAACUAAAGAUGCAGAAGGCGAGAAAUCAUCGAAGAAGAAGUUAUUUACUGAGAAAAUUGCCACACCACAGCCGACUGUCAAAAAGACUGACAAACCAGCCGGGACAGCAGUCAAGAGAAAUGUAAACUCAACUGUCAAGAAGAAAUUACCGCCGGGUAAAUCAGUGACGGAAUUGGUAAAGUAUUUGGAAGAAGACGUGGACAGUUUAGUGAAGCGGGUGGAAAAUGUCGAUGUUACUCCGGAUAAUGUUAAGAGACUGACUUUCAUGGGAUCUUUGGCAGACUACAACGUCCCGUCGUGGCGGUGUCACCCCGAAGCGUUCCAAUAUCGGGACAACUACAAGAAUCUACGUGAACAGCUCACACGCAGGUUAUACGAGGAAUUCAACCGGGUCGUAUUCAACAACGCCCUCGACAACGAUCUGCCAAUCGUGUGGGACAGCAAGCUUAGGAGUACCGCUGGUACCACAACAAACCGCCUCGUAAAAACGUCACGGGGCGAUCGGAUCCGCACUUCAUCAAUAAAACUCUCAAUGAAAGUUCUGGACACUCCACAACGAGUCCGAGACACUCUAAUACAUGAAUUGUGCCACGCUGCAACAUGGCUGAUUGAUUCGGAACUCAGGGCUGGACACGGGCCGCUGUGGAAGAAAUGGGCGGCCCGCGCCGUGCGCGCCGUGCCCGAGCUGGGCGACAUCUCGCGCUGCCACGACAUGGAGAUACACUUCAAAUACACCUACAAGUGCACCAAAUGCGGUUACAGCAUCCAUCGCCACUCCAAAUCCAUAGACACUACAAAGAAAUGCUGCGGAUACUGCCACGGAACAUUCGAGAUCAUAGUCAACAGGAAGACCAAAGACGGCCACGUCGUGUCCACACCGGCGCGCAAGGGCGGCGCGAACGAAUUCGCCAUGUACGUGAAAGAGAACUAUGGGACGAUGAAGGAAGGGAAAACUCAUGCACAAGUUAUGAAGACCUUGGGAGAACAGUUUUCGGCUAAGAAAAAACCUAAGGAGGCGUAACCCCUCAAUUUCUGGGGGUCUAAAUUUAUUAGACAAAAAGCGAACUAAAAGAUUGCUUCGUAGUGUCCACACCGGCUUGCUAAAAGGGCGCGAACGAAUUCACCAUGUACGUCAAGAACGCCGAUGAAGGAAGGGAAAAAGCAUGCACAAGUUAUAAAGAUCUGGGGCAGUCUUCUACUAAGAAGAAACCUAAGGACACUAAACGCAGUAGUUUAAAUUUGCCAGCCAAAAAACGGUCUAGAAGUUUGAAUAUUAGAGUUGAAUUUUGACUGUCUUCGUUGACCUGAUGCGUCGUAGAAAGCGAGGGAUAAGCUGUUUUUAUACUUUCUGUAUUUUAGAUACUAAAAUGACACUUUGUUUACCUAUCUAAGAUAUAGUUCGUGUUUUCCACGAUGACGCGCAGAUUUGUCAAAUGUAACCUUUAAUAAUAUGACGAUACGGGUCACGGCGUGCGUCUUCGUGAAUGACACGAUAUAUACCCAUUUAUUUAGCAACUAUAACCUCUUCAUGUUUAAGUUGCAUUUUGUUGAAUAUACGAGUACAUGGAGCAGAUCUGCUCCUAAGCAUACCAAAGGUUAAGGCUUACGAUCCUGCCUAGGACUAUAGUUCAAUGAGAUUUUAAUCAUUUUUAAUAGGAACAGAGUUGCAUCGGUUCAAUUUUCAAACAUAAAACAAAUCUGUUUCUUACACUGUAGAUUCCAAUUUCACUGAAAAAUUUAUCUUUUCCUUGUAUGGCCUUAGGUUAAAGUCUGUCCACUCAAACAUUAUAGUAAAAAACCUAAUAGAAUUAGUAGAUUGGGUAAUCGAAUUGUUGCUGUAAUCAAGACUCGGAAACCGGUUACAUAUCCAAACCGUUAUCA